AUGGAGCAAGUACGGAAAACUUUCUUCAAUCCACUCGCGACGUCCAAGUCUGAGGUGAUAAGGAUACUCGAAGAUCUUCCCGUCGGCUCCUCACAUCCUUUCAGCCCUGAGAAACUUCUUCUUUGUCGAACUGAGAGUGGCAUAAAAGAAAUUGACAUCUCAGAAUACCCGGAAGAUUUCUUCUUCAAUGCCGUGAAUUUGGGGGAGAUGAGUGAUGUGCUAUUGGAACGAAUGGCGAAGUUUGACCAGUUGAAGGUAUUCGAGGACUUCCAAAUCACACAAGCACCGGAUGCGACAUUCAAGAUCCCUAUUGUUUCAGACCAAAUCACCAUACUAGCUGUUUCGGACAGAAAACCAACAUAUUGGGAUUUCUGCUUUGCGGAUGAAUCAUAUAACGCUUGCUGCUGGUCACAGAGGAAUACAUUCCCUGGGAUCACCCACAGUGGAGACACUUUAGAAGGAUUGCAUCUCCUUCACUAUGUUCGGAUCAACGAGACCUCACUUACAGAGAAGGAAAUUUGCGUGUUUAUCUCUGGAUACCGGAUGACGCAGAUUACAAGAUUCUUGGGUACCCACCCUGCGUUAAUGGUCGCAGACCAUGUAGAUAAGAUUCUUUACAUAAUCCCAGUUCCUCUAGAUGCAGCGACAAUAGAGGACGCCACUAUUUGCUGCCCUUUGGUCAUCAAGAAAGAUGGUAGCCUGUUGAUUUGUUCAAUAUUGCCAGCUGCAACUACCGACCGAGGUAUGAUGUGCAGCAGUAACAGGCUGGUCAGCCCCAGUUUCCCAGAGGCUAUCAGGCGUGCCGAUUUCACUACCACAGCUCAUGAAACCACCAAACGACGUGAGUCUCAGCAUCUGCAAGAAAAUCAACCAUCAAAGAAACGGAAGCUCACUAAUUUAGGGUCUGAAGACAAUUUUGUGGAAGAGUAUACCACAAAAAACUCAGCAAAUACAUGUAUGAUUGUCAGCAAUGAGCAUGCCGUGUUCACCACCAGCUCGGUUGUCAUCCCGCCUUUUAUCGAUGAGAAACACACCCAAAUAAUACGUUUCGGGACUGGCCUUGAAUUUAAUUUCGCGAAUAACCAGCAAUUUGCAAAAGAGCAGGCUUCCCAAGUUGUCUUUCCAUGCAUAUUCGGCACUCAACUCGAAGGGCCGAUUCUGCUAGCGACCGGCACGUCUCCUUCAAACACCCCAUUCACCGAUGGAGAUUCUCUGAGAAACUACUACAGACAAUUAAAGAGUGCCGUGGUCAUUGUUGACGAGAAAAUGACCGACAACGCCCGCAACCUUGCGUCAAACUACAGAAUCAACGCACUGUUCAUUGUGCAGCUCACCCCAGAAAUUGCGCCCAAAAAUUUGGAUGAUGUUUGUUCAUUAAUGAAUUCUGCAAAUAUAAAUGCUGUGACAGCUCAUGCGGGGCCACAGUCUUUGGUGCUCGCUCAGAUUGCCGAUAGGUUUUACUUCUACAGGGGGAUCGCGAACCGUGUAUAUCUUAAGACGUCGGACCUCGCUUUUGGAUCCGACGUGACAUCACUGCUGCAGACCAUUACCUUGGAUUCAAUUCUGGACCCCAGAAUAGAACGUAUCAUUGAUCUAGGAGGGAGAAAUUCAAUCAUUCUUCCUACUUCUGGCCAGCGUGUGGAGCCUCAAGAUCUCCAGAAGGUUCUUGACGGUAUCUCGAUUGAGAAGGUUCAAAGUCUGGAAGAGGAUAUAUUUGCAGCCGCCCCUCAGCUGCAAAGCCUUCUAAACCAGAAAGAUCUACAAGAGCUUUCAAAGAAUCUGGUGAAUGAACUGUCGGCCAAGAUAAGCCACGCAACAACCCCCUUACGAGAGAAAUUGAAACGGUUUUUGGCAUAUGAGUACAAUAUGGAAAAUUCGCAGUCGGUAAUGAUGAAGAAUAAAAUGGUUGGCGAGCUGAGAAAGAUCACCAAAGAUAUGCAAAAACUACUCGAGCCAGUCAUAUCUUGUUUGGCUUCUAUGAUCUCAUCCCAAACGACGUCCAAGCGAACGCAUGACCUGAAACGACUCGUUAGGCAAACCACAAUCCAAGAUAAUCUCGAAGCCACUAAGUCUAUGACAUUCGAGACUCUGGCCGGAUUCCUUGAAGACUAUGCCGGAGACAUGGGAGUUAUGCUGACGAAUAUCGAAACAACAUCUUAUCGCGCAUUGCUUGGGAACCUCAAAGCCAACACAAUGGACGCAAGCGAAUGCUGUGCUCUUGACUCCCGAAUUCUACAUUUAGAAGGCUUUGAUGCAGGAAUUAUCAUCGAACAAUCGCAGGCCAGUCACGACGGCCCACUCAAAAGCACCAUCGGAUCAUCCCAGCCCAUCCUUGCACUCCCAUACCUAAGCCAGCUAUCUGCAACUGGGUCAAUGCUAGCAUGGGUAUGCUGGGACGAGUUUGUCAACCUAAAGAGUCCCUACAAAGUCCGUUGGAUGGAAAAGUGCAAUGAGCCACAUAUCGCUGCACUCCGAAUAAUAAUGAGAAAUACACUCAGUCAAGCGGUGGCGUCUAGAGAGUAUAACUUUCAAUCCAGCAGCCCUGAGACAGGAAAUCUGAUGAGCACGCUACUCAUGGCAGCCAUGUCGAAGCUAGGAGCUAUGCGAACCAGUAAGCCCAUUGAGAUGGAGGGGGCCGAAGACACGGUUACGAAACUCAUGCGUGGGCUAUUCGGUAAUCUUCUCACCAUCGCUGGCUCGGGCGUUCGGCCUCUAAGUAUGGUAUGGCAGCUUUUUGGUCUACACCCACAGUUCGACGUCCCAUCUACCCCUGCAGAGUGGGUCUGGUACGAGACGGUCGUGGCAUUAUAUCCAUAUACAGGCUGGCCGCUGGCGCAGUUUCAUGCCAACCUGGAGAAACUGCUUGACAGAACGCUGGUUCGGGUCGUCACUAAGAAUGAGAACUUGCAGAAUAUAAAGGCGAGUCGGAGAGAAGAGAGAAUUAAAUAUUGCAAGCUGCGCAACAUUCAACUUGAUCACUCCCGUUCUAUCAUCACAGUUCUAAUGCGCAUGCUCACGGACGCAAGAACUAGUACAACCUCAGACCAAAAUGCUGCUGUCGAUCUCCCCGCCAUCGCAUCGCGCCUACUAGCCUACCUUCCUCAUACACUCGAGAACCAAUCGCAAAGCUACACGAAAAUGAUCGCCUACUUAUCGCACCUUGCCGAUGGAGGGGGGCGCGAUCCCAGAAAAGACAAUCUAGCCGCAAACGUGUAUACUAGACGCUCAGCUGCGUUCGCACAAUUGAAAAAGAAAGUCCACGACUCAUGCCAAGAGAUGAACUGGGACAAGGUUAUAGAGUAUUGUGAAGCGAUCGUUGCGAAACAGAACGAGGUUGCGACUGUAUGGCAGGUUACUUCCGAUAAGGUCAGGGUGCAGAACAUUCAGCCCUACAAGGCUCUUCUUUCCAUGAACCUCAGCGACGACGUGGAUGAAGGAACACGGACUAAGAGGACUGGAGCUAUCAAGAAGAUAAUCGGGGAUGCGGAAAUCAAACGUGUGCCCUGGCAGGUGGGCAAAGAUGGCCAGUACGGUGUUAUCCAGCCAUUGGAUGAGAGUUUUGUCCACGAGAUUUUGAAGGGAGAACGACCCAAUGUGUCUGCCCCUACAAGGGCCAAAACUGAAGAAAAGAAUGAACAACGGGCGGCGAUGAUAAAUUUCGGUGACCAAUUUGCCGGCUUCAAGGGCGCUUUGCGUGCAGACUUCAUCCAGACUAUGCAGAAGGAUCACAGUCCUGAAGAAGUCUGUGCCAUCAUGGGUGUUCCUGUUUCUGCUAUGCGGGUCUUUGUUCACGCGCUCAAUCCAGAUUUUGCUUGGGUAAACCUCGCGGAGAAUUUCAAAUUUGUCAUUCUGGAACUGGUGAAGGAGCGAUCGGGUCGAGAGGAAAGUCGUCCUGUCAGGAGAUUGAUGAGGUUCGGGGAAGGGAAGCUGCAGCUCCAGGAGUGA